UCAAAGAUCUUCUAUGGCAACUCUAGUUUGUAUCGCAACAUAUUUCCAGUCAAAAAAUGAGUACUUAAAUUAUAGAACAGCGAAAGAACCUGACAAUAAGUGUUUCAUACCCGAAUCAAGAUGGAUUUUGGGUGGUCGAAAUUUUGGUAGAAUUGCCAAAAUUAAUUUCAGAGAAAUUUCGUAUGCCACUUUUGACAGAGUUUAGCUAUUCAUACGACUAUAGGCGUAUGGAAGUGUCUAACAGCGAAUCGCCAAUGUCGUCAUAACACACAAGAAAAAGAAAAAUCGAUGCAGCUAAAGUGCAAAUGCAAAGAAGUUGCACGCUCCCAUAUCUAUUGGCCACUUUAUGGCGCCAAAGCAACUCUCCGCUUUCCAUACUAUAUAAACCGCAUUGAGUUGGACGUGAGAAAUUAGUUGGACGCCAGCAUUACAACCGUUAGCAAUAAAAACGAACAAAGAAAGUGUGCGAAAAUCGCAAAAGUUUCAAAUACAGAAAUAAGAAAACCCGGUUCCAUUAAAGAAAGCCAAAUGUCUUUGCUGUUUGCCAAAAUUUUCGGUUGCGCAUUUGUGCUGACCAUCAGCUGUGCGACAUUUGCCGCUGCCUUACAUGUGCCCUACAGCAACGACUUGGAAGUUCAAGGUAUCCAAUCGGCGAUCUACAACGCUGGCCCACUGGGUAAUCAUGCUGGUCUCUUAAGUGCCGCCAAGGCCGUCAGCCAAUUGCAGCUGCCCAAAUUGAGUGAAACAGUGGAGCAGCAUGACUUUAGCAGUGAUGAUGGUCACUCGGAGUCGCUGGGAGCGGCUGGUGAUCACUUGGAUCCAAAGCAUUUUCCAGCUGAUUAUGCAGAGGAUCAUGGCGCCACCGCUGAAGAGUACGAAGAGGCCGAGGCUGCUGGCUCGGAACAUUUCGAAGAGGUCGCACAUGCCGAUUUCGGUGGACAUGAGUAUUUGGAUAAGCUGGACUUCCACGGCGAUUAUCACGAUGACUAUCAUCAGCAGCCUGUGGUGGGCAUUGAUCAUGGCAAAGGCGCUUUCAGCUACAGCACUCUGUACGAGCACAAGCACGAUGAGCAGAAAGGCUUGUAUUGAGUUCGUGUGGGUGUUGGCGAGUAGGAAAGAGGCGAGUGGAUGUUGCUUGAGUUUUUUUUUUUGGUGUGUCCGUGUACUUUUCGGCGAAUUUAAAGUAAAAAAAAGCGAUCUGUGUGGUGAAUUUGGGACAGUAUUAUUAGCCUUAUUUUAUACAAAAUCCAGUUUAUAAUAAUCGUAGUAUGUAAAUAUAUA